ACUCUCUCGUCUUUCGUCUCUCUCUCUCUCUCUCUCCCCCUCCCUCCUCUAUCCCUUCUCAUCCAUCUCGACUUCUCUCGCCCUCUCUAACUCUCGCUUUCCUUUUUCUCUUUCCAUCCGUCUUCUUUCCUCUAUAAUAUUAAUCCUUUUCAUAUCACUCUUUAUUCCUUCCGAAUUUCAUCCAUCUAUACGCCAUCGCUGAACUCAAUAAAUUCAUCCACCGUACCCCCCUCUCCGGCGCUAAACGUGGCAACCGUUUAGCUGGGCUGUGCGACUCACUCGUCCUCUCUACCGUCCAUAUUUCACCAUCCAUCCUGCCCAACCUUGGAUUCGUCCGUCCUUUCGCUGUCGACCUUUCGUCUCCUGUCUCUCCCGAAUAUAUACGUCCCGCGAGACAAAAUUUUUCUCGCCAAUAUCCAUCAAUAUCCAUCCAUCACUCAAAUUCUGGAGACUUCGGGUCGAUAGGAUCGGUGUCGUCGACCUCCCUUGACCAUCAUGCCGGACGGUAGACACCACCACUCCCGACGGGGUCAGAGAAUGGACCACUUCGACCCUUCCGAACUCACCCAGGCCUUUGAACAAUUGAUGCGCACCAAACGAUUCAACCGUCUUCAGGAACAGUCUCGGUCCCGUUCUCGAACCCAGUCACCCGCGCCCAUGUCUCCGAGCCCCUACAACACGCCGCCCCAUCCAUCACGAGCACCACCACCGCCGCCGACCGCAGCUCAAUCCCCGACGCCAUCCACCCCGCAACCUUCGUCACGGUCGCCUCUCUGGGGCCUCCCUAUCGUCCCAGCACCCCCUCAAGAUUCAGCGUCGCUCAAAUUCCGCAACCUUCUCCAUGUCCUGUCCGUGACCCCGACCAAAUACGAGAACCCGGGCCUUUUGGACGAGGCGCUCGCCUUGAUCCCACUGGAUCGACUCUACUCGGAGGCGGAGGAGGAGAGUCAGAUCUUCCAGGCUCAAGCUGCUAGUGUGAGAGGCAAGGCUGAAUGGGGCUACCAAGAUUGCGUGAUCCGCGCAUUAUUAAGAUGGUUCAAGCGCUCCUUUUUCCAAUUCGUCAACAACCCUCCGUGCAACCGGUGCUUUAUGCCUACUAUCGCCCAGGGCAUGACGCCGCCCACUCCCGAUGAGACCGCCCGGGGAGCCACCCGUGUGGAACUCUACCGAUGCUCCGAGCCCACCUGUGGUGCCCCUGAGAGAUUCCCUCGGUACUCGGAUGUUUGGCAGCUGUUACAGACCCGCCGUGGGCGGGUCGGCGAAUGGGCCAACUGCUUCAGCAUGUUUUGCCGGGCGCUGGGAGGCCGUGUGCGGUGGGUGUGGAAUUCAGAGGACUACGUCUGGACGGAGGUGUACUCGGAGCAUCAACGGCGGUGGGUCCACGUCGAUGCCUGCGAGGACGCGUGGGACCAACCUCGCCUGUAUGCCGAGGGUUGGGGUCGCAAGAUGUCGUACUGCGUUGCCUUCUCGAUCGAGGGGGCGACGGACGUCACGCGGCGGUACGUGCGCAGUCCCGCCAAGCACGGAGCCCCUCGCAACCGCGCCCCGGAGGAAGUCCUCGUGUGGGUGAUCCAGGAAAUCCGGAAGAAGCGACGGGACAACCUGGGCAAGACGGACUUGAAGCGGUUGACCAAAGAAGACGACCGGGAGGAAAGGGAGCUGCGCGCCUACACGACCUCGGCCCUGGCCGCGGAGUUGAACAACAUCCUUCCCCGACAUUCCAGCAGUCGCCUCGAUGAACAGAAGCGACAGGAGGCUGAAACAGAGUUUCUCACCACCCGACGGGCCGGUCAGUCUGGACCGGACCGAUCAUCGGAUGGACAAUAACAGUCUCUACUUUUAACCGGAUUGGUCGGUUGCUCUCUGUUUUACUUUCUUCUCCCGUUCGGCUUGGUUGGAACGGGAACGCCACGCCCGUUUCACGGCCCGCGCAGCCCACGAUACACGAACGCUGCUUGGCUGGACUGAUCCGAUCGGAUCUUUGAAUCCGUGGAAGCGACAUGUCCGACGGUCGGCCAGACAUCAGCCGACCGAAACAUUCUGUCGACCCGCCGCAGCCCCGUCAUCACACUUCCCGAGUUCAACUCAGGUGAAGGUGACUGACCGGGCUACCACCGUUUCGGGGUUAGCCCCUUGGAUCUACGGAUCCCCGUCUUCUGGAGGCGUCCAGUCGACGAUGAACGAAUCAAAAUUGAGAUUCGUUGAUAUAUCCACGAUCUUUCUGUCGCAUUUUCUUUACUUGUGGUCUAUGACCAGCAUACAGCAUACAGCAUCAAUCAUGAUGAUUUCCUUGGUUAUUAUUACCGUCGUUGAGGCAAUUCUCCUAACCUUUUUUUACCUAUUUCAUUACUUCAUCUUUAUGAGCAUACUGGAAAAAAACACGAUUCAUCGGGAAUCAUGUUGGGAACACGGCAGAGGUUGGGUCCGUGAUAUGAUCAUCUU